UCCUUGCAGCGGGCGUGCGGCCGGCUGCUUGUUGCAGUGCGCGGUGCGAACUAAGACACACGAGUUCGCGGUCAUAGGCUCGAACGAACAUCGAAAUCGACGGUCAGUGCGGUGACCAUGAUGAUGGACAACGGGGUGUUAACUAAUAACUAUGAGUACCCGGACGGGUACAUGGAACAAGAAGAGGAAUGGGAACGCGAAGGUCUGCUGGACCCGGCUUGGGAGAAGCAACAGAAAAAGACCUUCACAGCAUGGUGCAACAGCCAUUUGAGGAAGGCGGGAACUGGCAUCGAAAACAUCGAAGAAGAUUUCCGCAAUGGCUUGAAACUGAUGCUGUUGCUUGAAGUCAUUUCGGGAGAGACCCUACCCAAGCCUGACCGCGGCAAAAUGCGAUUCCACAAGAUCGCUAAUGUCAACAAGGCUCUAGACUUCAUUGCCUCAAAAGGUGUGAAGUUGGUCUCCAUCGGUGCUGAGGAAAUUGUGGAUGGCAACCUUAAGAUGACCCUUGGUAUGAUUUGGACCAUCAUCUUGAGAUUCGCAAUUCAAGACAUCUCAGUCGAAGAAAUGACCGCAAAGGAAGGUCUACUUCUGUGGUGUCAACGAAAGACAGCGCCUUACAAGAAUGUAAACGUGCAGAACUUCCAUCUGUCCUUCAAGGACGGUCUCGCGUUCUGUGCCCUGAUUCACAGGCACAGACCAGAUCUAAUCGACUACAGCAAGCUGUCCAAGGACAAUCCCUUGGAGAACUUGAACACCGCCUUCGAUGUCGCGGAGAAAUAUCUAGACAUCCCUCGCAUGUUGGACCCCGACGACCUUAUAAACACGCCCAAGCCCGACGAACGCGCCAUUAUGACCUAUGUGUCAUGUUACUACCACGCGUUCCAAGGCGCGCAACAGAACACGGCCAUGCCGGACGAGCGGGCCGUCAUGACCUACGUCUCGUCUUACUACCAUUGCUUCUCUGGCGCUCAGAAGGCUGAAACUGCCGCAAACCGCAUCUGCAAAGUUCUCAAAGUCAACCAAGAGAACGAACGCCUCAUGGAAGAGUACGAACGUCUGGCUAGUGAUCUAUUGGACUGGAUCCGACGCACUAUGCCUUGGCUGAACAGCCGCCAAACCGACAACUCCCUCGCCGGCUGUCAGAAGAAACUGGAGGAUUACCGUACUUACAGGCGUAAGCACAAGCCACCACGUGUAGAACAGAAAGCCAAGUUGGAGACUAACUUCAACACGCUGCAGACGAAACUACGUCUCAGCAAUCGCCCCGCCUACAUGCCCACCGAGGGCAAAAUGGUUUCUGACAUCGCCCAAGCCUGGAAGGGUCUCGAGAUAGCGGAGAAGGCCUUCGAAGAAUGGCUGCUCUCCGAGAUGAUGAGACUCGAGAGGCUCGAGUACCUGGCUCAGAAGUUCAAGCACAAGGCUGACAUACACGAGGACUGGACAAGAGGCAAGGAAGAGAUGCUUCAGUCCCAGGACUUCAGGCAGUGCAAGUUGUAUGACAUCAAAGCGCUGAAGAAGAAGCACGAGGCCUUCGAGAGCGAUCUGGCAGCCCACCAGGACCGCGUUGAACAGAUUGCAGCCAUCGCUCAAGAGUUGAACACUCUGGAGUACCACGAGGUUGGUGCGGUGAACGCUCGCUGCCAGCGCAUCUGCUCCCAAUGGGACCGUCUCGGAGCCCUGACUCAGCGCCGUCGCGCCGCCCUGGACGACGCCGAACGCCUGCUCGAACAAAUCGACCUCCUGCAUCUCGAGUUCGCAAAGAGAGCCGCGCCCUUCAACAACUGGUUGGACGGAACUCGCGAGGACUUGGUCGAUAUGUUCAUCGUGCACACCAUCGAAGAGAUCUCCGGUCUGAUGGACGCUCACGCGCGGUUCAAGGCGACCCUCGGAGAAGCGGACAAGGAGUACCAGGCCAUCGUCAAUCUCGUCCACCAGGUGGAGUCCAUCGUCAAGCAACACCAGAUACCUGGAGGAUUGGAGAACCCAUACACUACGCUCACCGCUCAUGAGUUGAACCGCAAGUGGUCCGACGUGCGGCAGUUGGUGCCGCAGCGGGACAGCACUCUAGCGGCAGAGCUCCGCAAGCAGCAGAACAACGAGACGCUCAGGAGACAGUUCGCGGAGAAAGCCAACGCUGUUGGACCCUGGAUCGAGAGGCAGAUGGACGCGGUCACCGCCAUCGGCAUGGGACUACAGGGCUCUUUGGAAGACCAAUUACAUCGGCUGAAGGAGUACGAGGCGGGAGUGUACGCUUACAAACCGCACAUCGAAGAACUCGAGCGCAUCCAUCAAGCCGUGCAAGAGGGCAUGAUAUUUGAGAACAGAUAUUCACAAUACACUAUGGAGACUCUUCGUGUGGGCUGGGAGCAGCUCUUGACUUCCAUCAACCGCACCAUCAAUGAAGUGGAGAACCAGAUCCUCACCCGCGACUCGAAGGGCAUCACCCAGGAACAACUCACUGAAUUCCGCGCAUCAUUCAACCACUUCGACAAAAACCGCACUGGUCGUCUGGCUCCUGAAGAACUCAAGUCUUGCCUCGUGUCACUCGGAUACAGCAUCGGUAAAGACAGGCAAGGGGAACUGGACUUCCAACGCAUUCUUGCUGUCGUCGACCCUAACAACACUGGCUACGUCUCGUUCGAUGCCUUCUUGGACUUCAUGACCAGAGAAUCAACUGACACCGACACUGCCGAACAGGUUAUUGACAGCUUCAGGAUCUUAGCCGGUGACAAGCCGUAUAUAACCGCGGACGAGUUGCGUCGUGAGCUGCCUCCCGACCAGGCGGAGUACUGCGUGGCUCGCAUGCCGCCAUACCGUGGACCGAACGCUCCGCCACACGCACUCGACUACAUGGCCUUCUCCACCGCACUCUACGGGGAGACUGACCUCUAAAUACAGGUCUUAUAACCAGGAAUCGUCUGAAGAAUCCCUGAGAGGGUGAUCAUCUCAACUGUCAAGAAGAUCUUUGCCUAGUCGCCAACAACACUAACAAGGAUGGGGACGAUGCUGUGUCGAAAUCACAACACAAAAAUUAUUUCCAUUAUUUUGACCCACUAUAUAGUCGCCCUAAUCGGGUCAAUUUAAAGCGAAACAAUUUUUGUGGAUUUAGUCUUAAAAUCAGUUCUGUAUUGAAAAUGUGCAAUGAUAAAACCAAAUAUGCCAUUAACUUUUUUUUACCAUGAAAUUCUUCUCCCUAUUCACUUUGGCUCAAAUCAGAAGAAUUGUCUGUAUUUUAACAAUACUAUUUAUAUCAUAGAUUAGGUAUUUUUAACUUUUUUUACGAAAUUAUCUGGGAAGUCACAAAAAGUUACUCUUAAGUAAAAAGUAUGGUGCUAAUGUUAGGCUUGACUAAUGUGUGACACCAAAACAAGACUCAUUCACAUUGAGAGAAUGUUUUUUUUUUUUUGUUACAUAUUAUUUAUUUAUAAGCAAACAUUAUUUAUAUACAAGUUUGAUUUUUACUGCCAUUAGUAAUAUUAUAUUUCUGUGGUAGGUUCCUUAACAUAUUAAGUUAUCUAAUUUCAUAAAUGUUGCAGGGAAGAGUCACACAAAUUAUUUAUAUGUCAUAGAACGCCAUAACUUGCCUGCAUCUAUUUAUUUUAUCAUUUGAAUGUAAUUUUUAUAUGAUAAUCGUUUGUAAGAGUAUUUUGGUAUGAGUACUCCAAAUAAAUGAUCUGCCAUACUUUUUUUGUCUUUUAAUAAUGACUGUGUUGUUAAUCCAACCGAUUAUAUUAUGAGGAAGCAGUGGUAUGUAGACUAAGAAUGAAUUAUGUGCCCAAAAAGUAUACUAACUCUAAUGUACAGCUAAUUUAAUAAAGAGCUCCUAAAUAA